AAAUCGUGCAUUCACAAUAAGCUCGAUUUCACCCUUCUCGCUACUCUUUUUCCACCCCUCGCCUUCCACCGAGUCCCAAUCCGCCGAGGCCUCUGAUUAUGGCCCUCAAGACUCCGGACUGCAUCGAAUUUGUUCAAGCCCCUGACGAAGACAAAAAUUAUUGUAUCGUUGAACGCCGCUAUGCAUUGAAUUGAUUAAUUUAUAGAACAAAUGCUGAACGCAUUAAAGGUCGACUGACGUCAUCAGGGUUUCUAUUGUUUUCCAUGAAAUUUCUCGGUGACAUAUGGAAUGCCUUGUGAAAUUCCGGCGCAGGAACGCUUUGACAAUAAGACUCCGACAGUUUGUAUUUAGAUAUCUAAUCCGAGUCCUCCGGAGCACUAGAUUCAAGGUAAAUGUCGAGUUUAAAAGGGAGCACCAUAAAACGACAGAUAUCCAGGCUGCUCCGCGUCGUACUAAAUAUCUUUUGAACUCACUGUUCUUCACAUCCUCCCGAAAUUUCUCUUAUGGAUUCCUUUGCCACCCUCGCCAUCUUCUUCGCCUCCGUCUCCGGCUCCAGUGAUAUCCCAACCAAUGCCGAUGACGGUGGCAGCGGGAACAACGCGUACUGCGUCGUUGCUUGAGAGUUUUAUCCGUCCACAAUGCGGGAUAACGACUCAUCAUUCAAUGACUCGUUCAAUGAUUUCAAUCAUCACACCUCAUUCACCUCAGCCAUCGUUCACACAACAAACACUUUGAUUCAUUCGGGAUUCAACUUUUGAUUUCUUAUUUGACGUUGGAA